GAGAACAUGCAGCCGGAGGCCGUGGACUUCAUCAUCUCCGCCGUGUCCUCCGAGGCCGAACAGAUGGCGUCCCACUCCUUCGGCUGUCGGGUGAUCCAGCGCCUGGUCGAGCGCUGUCCGCACGAGCAGAUCGGGAACCUGCUGGACAAACUCACCGCGAGCGUCGGCAUGCUCUCCCAGGACCCAAGUUGCAACGGUGUCUCGGCAAUCUCAAGUUGGAAACUGACCUUCCAUGAGAACUGCAACUCCGGUUGGAGCGGAG